AUGCCACAGAAUCUCCCCAAAAAGUCCUCGAGUCAGGGCCAGUCCAUCUCGUUGCCUCAGAACGAGCAGUUCUACACGGCGGACUCCAUGUGGGUGAACUUGGGUGAGACGCCGGUCUUCAAGGGCUGCACCAAGUGCUGGUCCCUUGCCAAGUGGCGUCAGGGCGUCCACACCUACAGAUCCGAGGGUCUCAGCUUCAUCAAUGUGACCAAGAGAAUCAACGUCCACAAGAAGGAAGUCUACUGGGACUUGGAUGGCACCCUUACUGGCACUCCCAAGUCGUACACGACCUGGGCUGAUGCGUUCAACUUGGGCCAUCCUGGUUGCAAGUAUACCCACGUGAACUUGAACGUCACCGACGACGGCGGCUUGGAAGAAACAACUUGGUACAGUGACACGGACAUGUGGACAGACGACCCCUCCAUCUUCAAAGCCACCCUUGAAUUCCAGCAUCGGCUCCGAAACAACACCUACAUGACCUGCACCACGCCCAUCCGGAAGCUGAACAUCGCAUGGCCUGAGCCGCAGGAGGCAGCCGAGCGUUCCGGGGUCGUCGGACUAGACCAGCGGUAUUACAAUAAAGCUUCACAGCCUGAGAACCGGAGCAGCUUCCAGUGGAGCUGCAAUGGUAAUUACAUGUGUACCGGACCAACAGAGCCAACUGUGCAAGGCCAAAGAACAGUCUGGGUUUUGGGUGUUCGUGUCGAAAGCUCGGAGCCCCGGCAGGAAGAAGCACCCCCACUCGUCGUAACAGCAGGCAGAGUUUUUGACCUGUACGUAGCUAGCUUAGUAGAAACGUUGGUACUUACUAGUGAUACUAGUGAGCAGAAUCAAUAUUUGCACUUCCUGCAGACUUGA